UUUUGCUCAGUUGCGUCAUUAAAACCCAUUCAUUUUUGGCUCCCUCGGGAGCGCCCUCUGGUGGUGAGGCAACCUGACGUGAUUGACAGGAACCGGUUGGUGCGCGAGGAGCGGUUAGCUACAGGCUAAUUUACCUCAGAAGUGCGUUUUUAGUCCUGAAAAGCGAAUUUCUCUGCGAAAAACGAGCUGCUUUCAGUCUUGACUGAAUAUAGCUUCUGUAAUCUCGGCUAAAAUAGAUCUGGAUGACGGCUGGAGUCAAUAAUUACGUUAGGAAAUAAAACUCAGAACUUGGUGAAAAGCUAGUUAGGUUAGCUAGGUAGCUAAAUUAGUUAACUUGUUAGCACGCUAAGCUAGCAUAGCUAUUUAGUUAGUUAGCUAACUAGCUCAUUUAAAGUUUUAACUUAUAAAAAAUACCUAAAACUUAGAAUGCACACAGAGCACACAGUUACACGACAGCAAAAACGAAGGAAAUCAAAGCAGGAAUCUGCUGAGUGGGACAGCUUAUUCCAACAAGAACUGAGAACACAGGAGCAGUCUUUGGUCUUUGUGAAACGAAUGCUGGUGCUUGCAGUGUCCUCUAUAACCUAUCUACGAGGAAUAUUUCCAGAAGAUGCAUAUCGAUCUCGCUACUUAGAAGACUUAUGCAUCAAAGUUAUAAGAGAGGACUGUUCAUCUCCAGCAGCUUGCAGAACUGUUAAGUGGAUGAUGGGGUGCUUUGAUGCUCUGGAGAAGGAAUAUUUGCAGAUUGUGCUUAUUGGGGUGCACAGAGACCCAGAUGACACCAACCAUGUCAUAGAGUCUUACCAGUUUAAGUUCAAGUACUCAGAGCACGGGCCACAAAUGGACAUCCUCAGAAACAACAGCAUGGAGAUGUCUGUGACCAUGGAGGACACAAAGAAAGCCUCGGUUCUCCUAAUCAGGAAACUGUUCCUCCUCAUGCAGAAUUUAGAUGCUCUUCCUGAUGAGGUCUACCUCACUAUGAAGCUCUACUACUACGAUGAUGUCACUCCACCAGACUAUGAACCUCCAGGCUUUAAGGAGGGUGUGUGCGACAGUCUGUGGUUCGAGGGGACAGCAGUGCACUUCAGAGUGGGCGAUCUGCACACACCCUUUCAUGUCCUGAAGGUCGGAGUGGCCGCUGAACAAGGCAGAGUGAGCAAACUGCAGGAAGGCAAUCACCUGAGAGAGUGUGUUCAAGAUUCAGCACAGCAAAGCGUCUGUAGGCUAUCACUGGCACAGGAGGUGUCUGAGCCCUGCCGGGAGGAGGACUUGCCGUCGGAGGAUGAAUCGGCUGCACAGUUCAAGCCACCCACAAAAGCUCUGGCUAAGAGAAGAGGCAAAAACCCAGCAAAGAGAAGGAGGAGGCAUAUUUAAAACCACAACUGUUUUGAGGCAUUUUGUAUUUAUUUGUUUGUGUUUUAAUUAUUGAGAAUUGUUCAUAAUAUUAUACAUUAGUUCCACAUUCAAUUUAAAUAUGUAAAUUAAUGAGUUAUUGUCAUUUACUCUAUUUAUUAUAUGUCCAAAAUUGUUUAUGAAGUCUACCACCCUUCAUGACUAAUGUUAUCUAAGGUCUUCAAUCUGUUUCAAGUUAUUUUUCCAGGUAAUCUAUAUAUGAUUAUAUAUAAUUCAUUUCCUAAAUAAAACUGUACAUUAAUGACUUAAA